AUGACAGAAAAUAACAAAACAAUAAAUAGUGGUUUAUACGAACAAAACAAGAGAUUUAAAUACCCAAUUGGAAAAUGUAAAAGCAUAAAGUGUGGCAAGGAUGAGGGAGCAAAAAAACUAUUGGGGUAUAGUUGGUUUAAUACUCAAAUAAUAGAUAAUGGUAGUAUUUACCCUUCUGGUGAAAGAGAAAAGGUUCCUACUUGUUUAGAUUGCUUUCUCUAUGAAAAACCCAUGAUGGAGGAUAGGAAAGCAGAGGAAAAGAUAAGAUACCCAGCCAUUAUCCCUUAUAAAUGGUUCUAUUUUUAUAAUGAGGAAGAUGAAGAGAAAUACCCCAACGAUUGA